GGGUGAGUUUGUAGUUACGUUUUCUCUUUCACUUUGUUUUUAUCUGAGUCAGCUUUUCUGUAGUCGCCAUCUGCUUUUUAUAAAUUUCUUUUCAUCAACAUGUUUUUCAAUGAAAUUCAAACUCUUUCGAAACCAUAUGGAUUUAUGUCAUUUUGCCUCUCAUCCACUCACAGGUCGCGGCAACGCCAGAAAGCUUGCUUUCGGAUAUGGGAUUGUGCGCCGCUAAGGCGCGAAACCAGAUCCCUGGAUUCCUCAAAAAAGAGGUGACGGAAAGCACCACAAACGCAUUGAUUCAAGACGAUCCGGCUGCCAAUUUGAACGAUGGCGCCAGUGCAAUCGAUUUAAAUUCUUUGAAGAAGGACCAGAAGAAGCAACAGCUGAAGAUGAAGAGGAUGGGGAAAAAGAGUCAGCUUCUUCCCGGAGCAGAUAAGGAACAA